AUGUCGUCCACACAAUUGUCCUUCUCUCUCCGCGUGUCCGCCGGCGUCAAGACCGUUCACUUGCUCGGCUCCUGGGACGGCUACGCUGGACAGCUCCCCCUCGCCAAGGACAAGUCUUCCUCCAAGUCCGGAUCAUGGAAGGGUACCUUCCGCUUCCAGUCGUCGACUCUCGAGCCCGGCCAACGCUACUGGUACUACUACAUCAUUGACGGCUACCACGUUGCCCACAACCCCAGCGAGGACUCGACCGUCGAGCCCACCACGGGCCGUGAGCUGAACAUCCUCGACGUCCCCACCGGCAAGUCGUCCAAGUCGUCGUCCAAGUCGUCGUCCCACAAGUCCAGCAGCAAGUCGUCCUCGCGCCACGCCAAGGAGGAGAAGUCGUCCAAGUCCUCGUCCAAGUCGUCCUCGCGCUCCUCGCGCAAGUCCCUGACCGUCGACAUCCCCAAGGGCCGUCCCCUCUCCAUCUCCCAGAUCCAGGCCCCCAAGCCCAUGUCGCCGCACGCCACCAAGCACAUCCUCCAGGCCAACUACUACGACGAGGAGGAGAUGGACGAGCUCAACGCCCGCCUCGGCUCCGCUGGUCUCGACGACGAGGAUGUCCUCACCAACUUCACCACCUCGCCCGUUUCCUCCAACGCGUCGUCCCUGUCCUACCGGUCCGACAGCUCCUCGCCCAACUCCUCCCUGUCCGGCUACAGCACCCCCGGCUCCAACUGCAGCUCAUGCACGUGCGAGCGCUACGGCAUCACCCGCAAGGGCGACCGUGUCAAGCUGGACUGUGGCGGCUCGCGCUGCGGUGACGACAGCUCCGACUGUUCGAGCACCAUCAGCGAGUCCGAGGAGGAAGAGGAGGACUACGAGCCCGUCCGCAGCCGCCGCAACGGCAUCGUCGUCUCAUGA